CCAAUGCCAUAACUUAAUGUGGCUUUUUAUAUCUUAAAAACAUUGAGAGUUGAAUGAGAACAGUUGCAGGGGUCAUUUCUGACCUUUAUUACUCUAUAACUCUCUGAAACAUGCUCCUUGACUAAAGGCUGGGAAAAAGAACAUCAAAAUACUUCCAAUGAGAUGAAAUGUGAUGAUAAACAGGAAGAAGUUUAAAGAUAAGACUGGGAGAAGUACAGAGAAUUUCUUGCUAAAAUAGCAGGGAACUGCUUACUGUAAAGGUGAGAAGGGAAGAAAACUGGAAAGAGAUGAGACAUCAUCAUCCCAAGGAAAAUUUUGAAGAUGCCUUUGAAAACAUCCCCGUGGCAUCCAAGAUGGAUCUCAAGUGUGCUCUGGAAGAAUGUUCAAUGGCACUGAACUUAUUUCUAAACAAUAAGUUCUCCGAAGCACUGGAACUACUUCGUCCGUGGUCCAAAGAUAGCAUGUACCAUGCACUUGGAUACAGCACUAUUUUAGUUAUGCAAGCUGCUAUGACCUUUGAACAGCAGGAUAUACAAAUGGGAAUUUCUACAAUGAAGGAGGCUUUGCAAACCUGCCAAAGAUUCAGGAAAAGAAGCACAGUGGUGGAAUCUUUGUCCAAUCUAGUUUUGAAACAGUCAGUGGAUCAGUUGAGUGAAGAGGAAAUGCAUGCUGAAAUCUGCUAUGCUGAAUGCUUAUUACAGAAAGCAGCUCUCACCUUUGUACAGGAUGAAAAUAUGAUCAACUUUAUCAAAGGUGGACUCAAAAUUAGGACAAGUUACCAAAUAUACAAAGAAUGUCAUCAGGUGCUACAGAUGACUCAGGGGAACAAAAGCAGAAAUGAAACUUAUUACCAGUUUGAAGGAGGAGUAAAACUUGGAAUCGGAGCAUUCAACUUGAUGCUGUCACUUCUACCAGGAAGGAUCCUUCGACUUUUAGAAUUUAUUGGAUUUUCUGGCAAUAGGGAGUUGGGCCUCUGCCAACUACGGGAAGGCGCAUCUGGCAGCAGUUUGAGGGCCAUUCUGUGUACUUUCACCCUGUUGGUUUAUCAUACUUACGUCUCCUUAAUCCUUGGUACAGGGGAAGCCAACCUUCAGGAAGCAGAAAGUCUUCUCGAACCCUACCUCCAGAAAUUUCCAAAUGGUUCCAUUAUUCUAUUUUAUGCUGCUAGAAUAGAUAUACUGAAAGGAAAUUUUGAAAAGGCACAGUUAAGAUUCCAAGACUGCAUAGCAGCCCAGCAAGAGUGGAAACAGAUUCAUCAUCUCUGUUACUGGGAAUUGAUGUGGUGCUACACCUUCCAGCAGGACUGGCUUCAAGCAUAUCGAUAUGCAGACCUGCUCAGCAGAGAGAGCAGGUGGUCUAAGGCAAUAUAUGUAUUCCAGAAGGCAGCAAUUCUAUGUAUGCUUCCAGAGGAUGAUUUGAAGAGGACUGGUGAGGACAUCGUGUCUUUAUUCAGACAAGUGGAUGGUCUAAAACAGAGAAUUGCAGGAAAAUCUAUCCCAACUGAGAAGUUUGCAGUGAGGAAAGCUCGACGCUAUGCAAGUGCUCAACCAGUGAAGCUGAUAUUACCUGCCUUGGAAAUGAUGUAUGUCUGGAAUGGAUUUGCAAUUGUGGGCAAAAGAUCAGACCUUACUGAAAACUUACUGGUAACAAUUGAAAAAGAAGAAACUGCUCUACAAAAUGAAACUAAUCCCAAUGAGUAUUAUGUGGAUGAUGUGUGCAUGUUACAGCUACUGAAGGGCCUGUGCCUGAAACACUUGGGAAGACUCAUGCAAGCUGAACUGUGUUUCAGUAAAGUAAUUCAAAGUGAGAAGCAAAUAAAAUACGAUAGUUACUUGGUGCCGUUCACCCUAUAUGAAUUAGGUCUUCUGUACAAACAACAGGAUGAGAGAGAAAAGGCAAUAAGAUACAUAGAAACUGCAAAAAACAACUACAAAGAAUACUCUAUGGAGUCCAGGUUGCACUUCAGAAUUCAUGCAGCACUUGACAGCUUGAAGAUGUCGCCUGCUUCAACACCUUGAAUGAGGACGGAUGCUUUUCAUGCACACAAUAAAUAGCCUACACAAUCUUUUUGCAAUCUUUUUUUAAUCAUAGAAAAGAACAUAAUGAUUGUUUUCUGUCAUUUCUGAUUUGAUGUAUAUCAUUCCCAUAGACUUCUUUUUCUAUGUAGCGCCUACACUGUGUCUACUUGCUAUUUUAAAGAAGACCUUAUAUUUUGUUUGAUAAAAAUAAUUUAAUAUUUGACUUAAAUGGGGGAUAUUUUAAAAAAAAAAGAUAGUGCAAUAAAGUUUAAUGCGAACACUAUUUUUUUAUAUGAGAACAGAUGCUGGUUAUGCAGUGGAACUGGUAAUAAUUUAGCAUUUUUUGAAAGUUUGAUUUUCUGCAGUACACUUGAGACCUUUUUGCUUCUGGAAUAAAAAAGCAGAUAAGCUUACCCACAUUUGGCACAAGCUAUUGUGAAAUUUGUGUUCCAGAGGAAAAAAUUUGUCAUCUUUGACUUAUUUCGUUUUGGGAACAAAAUGAACCUGUCUAAAGUGCAAUAUUUUUACAUUGUCAGAGGAUGCUAAGGAGGGCUACAGUUAUAACAUCUUUGUAGGUCUAUUUCAGUCAAAAUAAGUUCUUACAGGGGAUAUUUUCCAGUCAUAGAAAAGCAUGGCUAUAAGUGACAUUAAGAAAUCGUUCUGUAUCGUUUCUUUGAAGCAGAAUCAACAGUCUUGAGUUGUUCCUGACAGACUUGUUUGACUUGUUUAACAAUUAAAAAAAAAAAAAAAA